AUGAUGUCGCCGAAGCAAAUCUCCGACGAUCGGGGAUCUCCACAUUUCAGGCAUAUGCCUUUCCAGAUACUGCAUCUCAUUGGGAACUUCUUUAGGAUAUGGUCAGUUUACUCUAUGUACCGCUACUUGCAUCAGACAGGAGCGCCUGUUGUUCUCUUUCUCUUCUGCUGUCUGGUGCCGUCGUCCAUCAUCUUCUUGAUUAUUCAGAAACCAUGGAAAGGAAGGGCACUUUCCAAUCAACAGAUUGUACCUUCUCUUAUCAACGGAGUAAUCACAGCUCUUUACUUCAUCUUGUGGGGAAAGGGUCUUAAAUCUUGUGGACCGCUUAGAGCUAUCUUGUCAGAGUACUCUGGUGCUGUUCUUGGAGUACUUUCUGGAGUAUUAUAUGGACGUAGAGGCCAUGUGUGGAAAAAGGUUGGUGGCCUUGUUGCAAUGCUCGUAGCUCUGUUUUUCUUGUCUCAAGGAUGGGCAACGUCAUCUCUCUCCCCGUUUUAUAUCCUUUUACACAAGCGAGUUAUUGCGCGGCGUGUUUCUCUUAAGAACCAGCAGAAGAAACGACUCCAUGCGAUAACCAUCACUUCCGCAACGUGCUUCUUAUUUCCUCUGGCCAUGUGGGACCUUGUCAUGGGUUCAUCAUCACCUGAGAAAACAACGGAGUUGCCAUUUUCCGCGUGGGCUUUCCUUAGCUUCAUUGUUUUUGGGAUCAUCCUUAUCUUCUAUGUGGACAACAUCGCAGAAGAGAGAUUGCAUAUGGUGUUUUCGUCGCCAAGGCAUUUGAUGGUAGCAGGUGCAUGCAUAAUCGUGAUGGAGAUUGCGUACGAGAUGGAUUUUUCUCUUCCCGGUUUCAUGGUCUGCUGCGUAGUAUUAGGGUUUGGGAUAUUCGAGGCAACGUCACUAGAACGCAGCAAAAAGGACUCUUCCAUUAAAUCAGAAGAUCCAUUAGACGGAAUCCUUGAGAAUUCUCCAAUUCUUCCCAUUUAG